AAACCCUCCAAAAGAGGGUGGAAUGGGGGUGGGCGAUGAGGAAAUAAUCCCUCCCGGUCACUGCCCGAGGGCAGUCCGGAGGCCAGCAGCGCCUGCGCGGGCGCUGUCCUUCCUCGGGUCGAGGAUGCGCGCGCAGCGCUCUCCGCCUCCCGGAAGUUUACGCGGGACAACUAAGAAGGUGAGUCCUACUUCCGCGAAGGGUCGGAGAAUCUGGCCGCAGAUACCUGGCUCCCAACCCCGCUCACGAAGUCCAGAGGACUCUUCUAAGAUGGAGUUUCCAGCCCAGGGAAUCUGAAGGCCAGACUGUGACCCCAUUAAGCAUGAUCACUUUCUGUCCAAACUGUGGCAAAAAUAUCGAAGCGACAUUCAAAUUCUGCCCCUACUGUGGGAAACCUUUGCCUGUGGAGGAGCAUGAAGGGUGCCAGACCUUUGUCAGACCGCUUACGUCAUCCAUCCGAGGCUCAAAGAGAAAGAGGAACACCAGUUCUGAAAGCUCUUCCAAGAAAGUGAGAUGGUCUAGCACUGUCACCUCUUCCUCGUCAUCCGUCUUCUCUGAUGGUGACAGUUCUGGGUCUGAAGAUACCUUGAGACCCUGCGAGAGACCCAAAGGGUCCUGGAGCAGACCCCCAACCCCCAAAAGCAGCCCACAGGCGACCAGGCAAAGCCCUCAGACCCUGAAGCGGAGCCGGGUGACAACCUCGCUUGAGGCUUUGCCCACAGGGACGGUGGUGACAGACAAGAAUGGGCGAUACUGGAAACUGGGAUCCCUCCAGACCAGGGACAGCCAGGGCAUUCUCUAUAAAGCUGAGCCUGUCUCCACCUUCACCUGCAAGUCAAGUCCCCAGAAACAAAGAUUCUCGCUUAAACUAGAUGCCAAGGACGGGCGCUUGUUCAUUGAGCAGAACUUCUUCCAGCGGGCGGCCAAGCCUUUGCAAGUGCACAAGUGGAAGAAGCUGAACUCGACCCCCCUCCUGGCCAUCCCCACCUGUGUCGGUUUUGGCAUUCACCAGGACAGGUACAGGUUCUUGGUGUUUCCCACCCUGGGGAGGAGCCUUCAGUCGGUCCUGGAUGACAACCCAAAGCAUAUAAUGUCGGUGAGGUCUGUGUUCCAGAUGGCCUGCCGGCUGCUGGAUGCCCUGGAGUUCCUCCAUGAGAAUGAGUACGUCCAUGGAAAUGUGACAGCUGAGAACAUCUUUGUUAAUCCAGAGGACCUGAGCCAGGUGAUGCUGGGAGGCUAUGGUUUCACCUUCCGCUAUGCCCCCGGUGGCAAACACGUGGCCAAUGUGGAAGGCAGCAGGAGCCCACAUGAGGGGGACCUUGAGUUCAUUAGCCUUGACCUGCACAAGGGAUGUGGGCCCUUCCGCCGCAGCGACCUCCAGACCCUGGGCUACUGUUUGCUGAAGUGGCUGUACGGGAUCCUGCCAUGGACAAACUGCCUUCCCAACACCGAAAAGAUCAUGAAGCUGAAACAGAAGUUUCUUGACAACCCGGAGGCCCUCGUGGGACAGUGCAGUCGCUGGAUCAGUCCCUCAGAGACCCUGCAGGAGUACCUGAAGGUGGUGAUGGCCCUGAAGUAUGACGAGAAGCCGCCCUACACCAUGCUGAGGAACAAUCUAGAAGCCCUACUGCAGGAUCUGCGGCUGUCAGCCUACGACCCCCUGGACCUCCAGAUGAUACCAUAGAUCUUUCAACUCAUGGUUUGAAAUAGAAAAAAACCCAAACAAGAAAUGUGACUCAAGGCCUGCUGUAGUAUCAGAGAUAUGCUUCUAGAAAGAUCCCUUGACUGUGCAUGCCUGCUGCUUCUUUAAGCAUCACUAUGAAUCAGUCUUGAUUAGCAUCAGGGAACCCAGCAGUUAGGCUCCAGAUAAUGUGAAUUCCUCCUUUCGAUUGUCUCAUCCUUUCAGCCAUCGUCACCUACCAGCCUCUGGGGUUGUGGACAGAGAAGACCCCCAGCUCAUGGUCGGGGGUGAGCCAGCCCCCUCAGUCGGCACCCUUCCCGCUACUAUUGGCACUACCAUGAUUUGGUAAUAAAUUGUUUCGUUGGAGCUUGGAUA